UUUUCUAUAUCACUCCGCCAGGUAGCGUGCCUGUGGCUUAACGUUGUUAAAGCAAUAUCUUAUAUAAUAAUAGGUCCCACAGUAACAGACCAGCGUCGUCGCUUGGACCGAUAGGAUAACCGGGAACAGCCAGAAUAAUGAAGCGAUACGUUAUAAUACCAACAACAACGGUUCUUAUUCUUCUGACGGCUUUUGGAUACUUAUCCCUUUAUAAAGCAGACGAUUUAAGGUCACCUCUGGAUAGGCCACGUCCAGGCCAGAAAUUAAGCUUCACACUCAUUACCGGGUCAAAUUCACCAUUUUUCUUUCCUGGAUUAAAGAAUUUGGUUGGAAGUGUCCAUAAGUGGUCACCUGACCGGGAUAUAGUGGUUUGGGACCUAGGCCUGAGUCCGGAGCAGGUGGCCGAGGUGAAGACGUGGUGCAGAGUAACAUAUAGAAAAUUCGAUUUCGACAAAUAUCCGCCACAUCUUCGUAAUUUACACACGUACGCUUGGAAACCAGUGAUUGUCAAGGAGAUGGUGGAUACAUAUGAGAGGGUGCUAUGGAUAGACGCAGGAAGCCAUAUAAAUGACAGCAUGAGUACGAUGGACCAAUUAAUGUGGGAAGACGGAUACAUACUUAUUCAAGGGCAAGAUGCUGAUACGACACUUUUCUUGCAUGAAAAAAUGUGCCUUCAUUUGGGCUUGAAAAAAACAAGCUUUAAGAAUAAGCCGUCUUUUGCAGGUGGGUUUAAUGGGUGGUCAAAUCGACCUUAUCUUUACCAAAAACUGCUCAUUCCAUGGUUUACAUGUGCCCUCACGCAAAGGUGCAUCGCUCCAGAGGGCGCUAGCUUAGCUAACCAUCGCUUCGACCAAUCAGCAUUAACUGUCAUAAGUUACUCUUCUGGUUUGGACUUAAAGCCUCACACAGAACUUAACCGAAUUGAAAAGGAAUCGAGAAAUGGUAAUAAAAUGUACUUGGACCGUGUAAGGAAAAAGCCAUGUUGACCACCGAACAUCACAAACAUUAAGUGCCUAGUUAUGUAAGGGUGCUUUCCCAGAGAUUUAGAUCGAUCUAAAGAUUAAGUUUUAGAUCGACCUAACUCCCUGGGGGUUCAGGCUAAAUUGC